CAUUCCACAUUAAGUGAGCUCAAAUACUUUAGUUAAUUUUUUUUCAAAACUCCCUCAAAAACUUCCCUUCCUAAGUUUGAAGCAAAAAGGGCAGUAUGAAGGCCCUUUCUAUGCUUUUGGCUCUCCUUGUUCUUUCCAUGCUUGCCACUGAGGCUUUCGCAAGGCAUUACCAAUACGGAAAUGGGAGUUUGAAGCUUUACCAAUGCCCGAAGCGAUGUAAGAAAAGGUGCUCAAAAGCUCGAAAAACCGAGGAAUGCAAGUUCUUUUGCAAUAAGUGUUGCCGAACAUGCCUUUGUGUUCCACCAGGUACCUUUGGUUACAAAUAUCUCUGCCCUUGCUACAACAACUGGAAGACCAAGAGGGGAGGCCCCAAGUGCCCUUAAUUACCUUCACGUUCUUCUUAAUAGUAAUAAAUUCCUACUCUUUAGUUUUGAAGGCCGGAAAACGAGAUUGAAAUCUACUUAGUAGGUAAUCUAUAUAAUGCCCUAAUGGGCGGACUACGUAGGGUAUUUCCAAGAUGAAGGACGUACAAAUUCUAUCAUCUACUACUAAGUUCUUUAGUAUACUAAAAUAUGUAUGUGUGCAACUUUUUUUUUUUUUUUUUUUUUAUUUGUCGUUGUGUUACGUGUUAUUACUUCACUGGCUGAUUAAUCCGAUGCUCCAUUUUGGGGUCUAUAUUUGUAAACCCCACAAUCGAGAGCGUGAUUGGACGACUAUAAUUUUUGGCCAUUUUGUAUUCUGUUUGAAUUUAUAUAAUUUUAAACAUUGCUUAUCAUUCAAUUCAA